UAAUAAUGUCCGCGAGCGCGGCUCGGUACUUAAUCAAGGGUUGCCACUCACGUAGUGUUUUGACAUAACAGUGCGCGAAAAGCGCGUGAUUAACAUUAUUUUUUAUUGUUAUUUAUUGUUCAGUGAAGUGUUUUGAGGAUUUUUUUAGCAAUCGUUCUCAAGAACCAGGAGGGGUAUUUGAAGAAAGACUUCGAUAAAGUGGAUUGUUAGAAAGAAAGAAAAGAUGUCGUCGGUGAAGGUGGCGGUGCGGGUUCGUCCCUUCAAUAACCGAGAAAUAUGCCGCGAUGCACAAUGUAUUAUCGAGAUGAAUGGAAACACCACCUCGAUAACAAAUCCGAAAGCACCGCCAGGUACAAAAGAUGCCAUCAAAAGCUUUAAUUAUGACUACUCCUACUUCUCUAUGGAUACCAACGAUGAUAAUUACUCCUCACAAAUUAUGGUGUACAAAGAUAUUGGAGAGGAGAUGUUGGAGCACGCUUUUGAAGGCUACAACGUUUGUAUAUUCGCCUAUGGCCAAACCGGGGCUGGAAAAUCUUAUACGAUGAUGGGAAAACAGGAGGAAGGCCAGGAGGGCAUCAUUCCACAAAUUUGUAAGGAUCUCUUUAGCAAAAUCAACUCGAACUCGAGUGAUCAGUUAAAACACUCAGUUGAGGUCAGUUAUAUGGAGAUCUACUGCGAGAGAGUUCGGGAUCUUCUUAAUCCAAAAAAUAAGGGAAAUCUUAGAGUGAGGGAACAUCCCCUUUUAGGACCCUACGUCGAGGAUCUCUCUAAAUUGGCUGUGAUGUCCUAUGAAGACAUUCAUGACCUCAUCGAUGAGGGAAAUAAAGCUAGGACUGUUGCAGCCACCAACAUGAACGAAACCUCGAGUAGAUCGCACGCAGUCUUCACAAUUUUCUUCACACAACAGAGGCAAGAUUCCACAACAGGAUUAGUAACCGAAAAAGUCAGUAAAAUUUCGUUGGUAGAUUUGGCUGGUUCGGAAAGAGCCGAUUCGACAGGAGCAAAGGGUACCAGAUUAAAAGAGGGUGCAAACAUCAAUAAAAGCUUGACGACUCUUGGAAAAGUUAUUAGUGCAUUAGCUGAAAUCGCGGCUACCAAAAAGAAGAAGAAGGCAGAUUUCAUACCCUAUAGAGAUUCAGUUUUAACGUGGCUCCUUCGAGAAAAUUUGGGAGGGAAUUCGAAGACUGCAAUGAUCGCUGCAAUUAGCCCCGCUGAUAUAAAUUACGACGAGACGCUCUCAACUCUCAGAUACGCAGACAGAGCGAAGCAGAUUGUUUGCAAGGCUGUUGUCAACGAGGAUGCUAACGCCAAACUCAUCAGGGAACUCAAAGAAGAAAUUCAAAAGCUGCGUGAGCUGCUCAAACAAGAGGGCAUCGAUUUUCAUGAGGAUGGUAGAAUCACUUAUAAGAAAGAAUCUAGAGAUGAAAUCAUCAGGUCAAAGCGAGAAGACGACUCAAAAGAAUCCCGACAAAGAAUUCCUUCUCACCCUGCUUCCACUCUUGCCGAGGAAGCUGUGGAACAGCUGCAGGCCUCGGAAAAACUCAUAGCUGAAUUGAACGAAACCUGGGAGGAUAAAUUAAAACGUACGGAAGCAAUUCGCCUGCAAAGAGAGGCUGUAUUUGCAGAAAUGGGUGUAGCCGUAAAAGAAGAUGGAGUCACAGUCGGUGUAUUUUCUCCGAAAAAGACUCCACAUUUAGUGAAUUUGAAUGAGGAUCCUUUGAUGUCAGAAUGUUUGAUAUAUUAUAUCAAGGAUGGUUUUACGAGAAUUGGAAGUGCAGAAGCCAAUAUUCCUCAAGAUAUCCAACUCUGUGGACCGCACAUACUCAGUGAGCACUGCGUAUUUGAAAACCAUGAAGGCAUAAUUACGUUAAUACCAAGAAAAGGAGCCUUGAUUUACGUCAACGGCAGGGAAGUAACCGAUUCCAUUAUUUUGAAAACGGGUUCUCGAGUAAUUCUUGGUAAAAAUCACGUCUUCAGAUUCAAUCAUCCGGAUCAAGUGCGAGAACGCAGAGAAAAGACUUCACCAGCAGAAACUCAAGGAAAUGUUGAAGCGGUCGAAACAGUUGACUGGAAUUUCGCGCAAAUCGAACUGCUUGAAAAGCAAGGCAUCGAUCUCAAAGUGGAAAUGGAAAAGCGUUUGCUUAAUCUCGAGGAACAAUUUCGCAAAGAAAAAGAAGAGGCUGAUCAACUUUUUGAAGAGCAAAGAAAGAAUUACGAAGCUCGAAUUGACGCUUUGCAAAAACAGGUAGAAGAGCAAAGCAUGACAAUGUCAAUGUACAGCAGUUAUACUCCCGAAGACUUUAAUAAUAUCGAAGAAGAUAUUUUCGUCAACCCCUUGUUUGACGCAGAGAGCAACUGGGGUGAGCGGGAAUUUCAGCUGGCCGCUUGGGCCUUCCGUAAAUGGAAGUACCAUCAAUUUACGAGUCUUCGAGACGACCUUUGGGGUAAUGCGAUUUUCCUAAAGGAGGCUAAUGCGAUCUCUGUUGAGCUAAAGAAGAAGGUUCAAUUUCAAUUUACUCUUCUCACGGACACACUCUACUCGCCUCUUCCUAUUGAUCUUUUGCCAGCGAUAGAAGACGAAGAAGAAGAAGAAAGGCCAUUUCCUCGAACUAUUGUCGCAGUCGAGGUUCAAGAUACCAAAAAUGGAGCGACCCAUUAUUGGACUUUAGACAAACUCAAACAGCGCUUGGAGCUGAUGCGACACAUUUACAAUGAAGACUUGAGUCUCAGCACUCCGGAGGCCAAAGGGGAUAUUUUCCAAUACCUUAUCAACCGCUCUAAUCCGAAGUUAUCGCUCGCAAAUCUUUUGCCUUCGAGGCAACGACUGGAACUGAUGAGAGAAAUGUAUCAUAAUGAAGCUGAAUUAUCACCAACCUCUCCUGAUUAUAAUAUCGAAACUAUUACUGGUGGAGAUCCAUUUUAUGACCGGUUUCCAUGGUUCCGCAUGGUGGGAAGAUCUUUCGUAUAUCUGAGCAAUUUGAUGUACCCAGUACCCUUGAUUCACAAAGUCUCAAUCGUCAAUGAAAAAGGAGAUGUCAAAGGAUACCUGCGUGUCGCUGUUCAAGCCGUCGUGGAAGAGGAAAACAGUGAAUACUCAUGUGGGGUUCGUCAAUCGGCUCGAAUUUCCUUCGAAGAUGAUUUAUUCGGUGGUCACAAACACAGCAAACGCAACACUCUUCUCGCGCAGACUCUAGAAAAGAACCAGCAGAUUCUUCUUCAGGAAGAAAGGGUUGUUGAAGGUCAAAACGAAACUAAGGAUAUGAAAGAUGAGGAAGAAGUUGGCGAUGGUGAUAGUGGAAGGGGAGAUAGUUCCGUUUCCAGUGACAUGAAAGAAGAAGAUCUGCCUGAUCAUCUCCAAACCGGAGUGGAAUUCACUUUUAGAGUGACCGUUUUACAAGCCAUGGGCAUUUCUACUGAAUAUGCUGAUAUCUUCUGCCAGUUCAACUUUUUACAUCGUCAUGAUGAAGCCUUCUCGACAGAACCUGUUAAGAAUACUGGCAAGGGAAAUCCACCCGGAUUUUAUCAUGUCCAAAAUAUUACUGUCACGGUCACGAAAUCAUUUUUGGAAUAUUUGAAAACCCAACCAAUUGUCUUUGAGGUCUUCGGACACUACCAGCAACAUCCUCUACACAAGGAUGCAAAGCUCGAUUACGGUGUGAGGCAGCCACCAAAGAGGAUGCUCCCACCAUCAAUUCCAAUCAGUCAGCCAGUACGGUCUCCCAAAUUCGGUAGUGUCUUGCCAUCGCCAAGUACAUCCCACGUUCAUGCAAAAUACGACGUACUUGUCUGGUUUGAAAUUUGUGAAUUGGCACCGAACGGAGAAUACGUUCCAUCGGUGGUUGACCACAGCGAUGAUUUACCCUGUCGAGGAUUGUUCCUCUUGCAUCAGGGAAUUCAGCGACGUAUUCGAAUCACGAUUGUUCACGAGCAAGCUUUGGAAUUGCGGUGGAAGGAUGUUAGGGAAUUGGUAGUAGGAAGGAUCAGAAAUACACCCGAACCCGAGGAAGAAGAUAACGACUCGUCAGUUCUGUCUUUGGGAUUAUUCCCUGGGGAAUAUUUGGAAAUUCCGGGCGAUGAUAGAUGUAUGUUUAGAUUCGAAGCGGCUUGGGACAGCUCGCUUCAUAAUUCGGCCUUGCUCAACAGAGUUACUUCCUAUGGAGAGCAAAUCUUCAUGACUAUCUCUGCCUAUCUGGAGUUGGAGAAUUGCGGAAGGCCGGCGAUCAUAACGAAGGAUCUGAGUAUGAUUAUUUAUGGAAGAGAUGCGAGAGUUGGCCCUCGAUCUUUGAAACAUCUUUUCAGUGGCAGUUAUCGUAACCAGGAAGCGAACAGACUGAGUGGAGUUUACGAAUUGGUUCUUCGUCGAGCUUCAGAAGCAGGUGUUCAGAGGCGACAGCGUCGGGUCUUAGACACAAGUUCGACUUACGUCAGAGGAGAAGAAAAUCUCCAUGGCUGGAGGCCUCGAGGGGACAGUUUGAUUUUUGAUCAUCAAUGGGAACUUGAGAAGCUGACGAGGCUUGAGGAAGUCGAAAAGGUCCGACACACUUUGCUCCUCAGGGAGAAACUUGGCAUAGACAAAGUACCUUUCUGCAACAAGAUGAUGCACGACUUCACAAAGAGUGAAAAGGAAGUUUGUAACAUGGUAGCAAAAGCUACCAACGAGCCCCACGCCAGCCCCGUGAAGUUGAAGAAAUCGACAAGCAAGGACGUCUACGAACCUUGGGAAAUGAACGAAAGAGAACGAGAAUUAGCAACCAAGUACGUAAAACUGAUCCAGGGAAGGAUCCCGAGCAAAGAGCCGAUUGUCCUCACGGACGUUUCACCCGGCGAAGACACAAUCACUGAUCUUUCGGCCUCUAUGAUGUCUUCGGUAGUCUCCUCAUCUUCACAAGAGUCAGUAUACUCGCAAAAUCAAUUUUUCAAGCAGCCAACAGGUAUGAUUGUGAAGAGCAGUUCUAAGUCGUGCAUCUUUAGGUUGAGUUCUCCGGAGAGAGCCAGACUUCAAGAGUUACAGGAGAGUAUGUUGGCUGGCGAAUCUGCCAGUCAAACGAGUAGUAUUGCACCAGCUCCUUUGGGAUCUACUUCACCGCUCAAGGAAAGUCUUGUGCUCUAUGUUCCCGAAGUUGAAGAAAUUCGUAUUAGUCCUGUCAUCGCCAGGAAAGGUUACCUUAAUGUUCUCGAGCACAAGACUAAUGGAUGGAAGAAGCGAUGGGUGGCCGUUCGCAGACCAUAUGUAUUUAUCUUUAGAGAGGAAAAGGAUCCAGUUGAAAGGGCCUUGAUCAAUUUAGCGACUGCCCAGGUCGAAUACUCUGAGGAUCAAUUAGCUAUGGUGAAAGUACCCAAUACAUUUAGUGUUGUGACAAAACAUCGUGGCUAUCUUUUACAAACGUUAGGGGAUAAGGAAGUUUAUGACUGGCUGUACGCAAUCAAUCCUCUUCUAGCGGGGCAAAUUAGGUCAAAAUCAGCUCGCAAAAUACCAGGGCCAAAUGUGGCACCGAUUACUUUGGCCCCUCCGCCUGAGGCUCAGGCGCAGGCCAAGUGAGUAUCCGAUUCGCUAGUCGAGGUGAUGAAUGCAGUCGCGAAAGCUUCGAAAAUGAUGCUGCAUCGGUCUCACUCUGCCCUCGAGUCACAGACCAUUUGUAGCUUUCGAUUUCCGGUGAUUUUCGAAUAAACUGUGCCCGAGUGUGCGUCUGACAGUAUUCAAAAGAGCAACCUCAUUUUCAGAGCGGCGCUCUCGAGAGAAUGUUUUGAAUUAUUGAAAAGCUCACAUUCCUCGUUCAAAGUCGUCAUUUUCAGAGUAUCAACAAUGCAAAUUGACAAGUUAAAAUCAUAAAUCACGACUCACUGUUUACCUUUGAUACCUCCAGUAUUAAAGAGUCUCUUCUCUAGACGUUUCUUACCAAGAAACGAUUCUCAGACGAUGAGGCGUGUUUUCGAAAGCGAGGAAAGUACGAUUACGAGGCUUGAUCUACUCUAGUCGAAAUUACCAUAUUUCGUGUGUGUGGACCACAUACGUAUGCGAGACUGUAUGUUUUCAGGUUGUUAAACAAUAUGUACUAGUUUUAAUUCGAGGGAAAUGACUAUGAAGUUUCUCUAAUUCUAGAAGUCUGAUUCUGAAAAUACGAAAAAUGAGAAUUCAUUUUGUGAAUAAGUUGGGAAAAUUAUAGAAGCUUCAAGGAAUUUUUCUUGAUAAUUAAGCAGCAGGGAAGAAGGAAGCUACAUGCCUAAUAACACGCAUUCCUACACGACGCAAGACACUUCUGUUAUGCGUUUCCUCUUAGGGUAAUUCAUUUAUCGUUGUGGCUGCGUCACAAAGUACGCUUACUUAAUAUUCUAGAUCCCCUUUUUUAAUCUCGAAAUUUGCGUUCCCUUUUUCAACGCUGUAGACCGAAUGAUAUUACUAAGGCACAAAAUUGGCAGAGUGAUCGAGAAUGCGGGAGAGAAUGCGCAACUUGCAUUUAUUACUGACUUCUCACGGCUCGCGAGUAAAUUUGAGAGUACAUUUCAACCAUUUCAGUAAUUUAGUUAAUUUAAUAAUUUAUUUAAUUUUAAUAGGAGAAUUUCGACACCUCCAUGUUAAAAAACCUCUCUCGGUGUGUAUGUCUAAAACUAUCACUCUGGCGUUAGUCCUUUUCUUAUGAUUUUAAGAAUUGAAAUGAUAUUAUGAGUCAUGUCUUAUAAAUGAAGAAAUCUUAUUUUAUUCGAGGGGAACGUUAUCUAAAACUCCACUGCUUCUAAUUUUGAUAAAAGUAAAUAAUGGUUAAAUAUAUUUAUUUGCUAACAAAAUAUUUUCUUUACAAAAAUGGUUUUAAAUGUUUCAGUUAUAAACAAAUUUACUUUUAAAAUUGGAAACUGUAGAGUUGUGGAGAAUGUUUUUCUUGAAUGAAUAAGCUAUCAUUGUUUAAAAAUUCAACCAUUUUUCAAAAAUUGCUUAGAAGCGAUGGUAAAAAAAAAUUCAGUUGCAAAAAACAUUGAUAAAAUAAAUGUUUUUCUGUAAGUUUUUAAAUGUUGUCAGUAAAACUUGUGUUUUUUCAAAAUUACAUUGUCAAAUAAUAUUAUUAUGGCAGCUACCUGAACUAUGCAUAGGCGGCUCUGAAUGCCAUAUAAAACAGCAUACAAGUUAGGUAAUGAAUACUCUAGUUUAAUAUCAUAUUUACAUAGAAUAAUUUUUAGUUGACUGGAAUUCGUUCAAACUCUAUUGAGUUAUUUGAAUUCCACAAAUCCUCCUAAUUCUUCCAAAUUUAUUGAAUUUGGUGAAUUCUUUUAAAUUCUCUGAUUUCUUCCAAAUUUUCUGAGUUCUUCCGUAUUCUCUUAAUUCUCGAAAUUUUUUUGAAUUCUCCCGGAUUCUCUAAAAUUCUUCGAAUUCUGUCGAAUUGAUUAAAUUAGUAAAAAUUUAAUGAAUUCUUCCCAAUUCCCUGAAUUAUCUGAAUUCAAUGACAUCUUCGAAAUUCACUUAAUUCUUCUAAAUUGACUAAAUUACUUCCAAUUCCCUGAAUUCACUCAAUUCUUCUAAAUUUAUUGAAUUUUUCCAAAUUCUUAUGAAUUUGUAGCAUUAUUUUGAAGUCACAGAAAUCCUCGAUGCCUAGAAAUCUAGAGAAAUUCAGAAGAUAUCAAAUAAGUGAUAAAGAAUUUGAAGCAGUUUACAAUCUUUGAAACAAAACCGUUAAAAAGAGUACAAAGCAUUCGAAGAACUCAAGAGGGUUCAAAGGAAUGCAAUACGAAUUCAGAGGAAUUUAACGUGAUUCGAAAGGAAUUCAAUAUGAAUUCAAGUUAAUUAAAAAUAAUUGUCCGUUUGGACGACUAAUGCCAAAAUGGUCGUUCUAGACGCACUUUCUUCGACCAGUUCUUUUUAACAUGCAUUUAUCGAUUUAUUGACGAUAAUUUAGUAAAAAGGGAAAGUGCAAUAAACUCAGUUUCCAGAGAUACUUGGAAAAGAAUACUCAAAAUUUCUCCUCUUUGUUAACUCAUUCAUCAGAGCCUGAACAAAUUAUAAUUACUGCAGUGUAUAGAAGUAGUCAGUGUAUUAUCGACAUACAUUUUUAAUCUUCACGCUAAAUGAUCAUUUCGAGAAACUUGUGUGAACAGUAUUAAAAUCUUCUCUACUUCUGGCGAACGCUUUUUUUCAUAACAUUUAUGUUGCCAGAAACUCGUAGAACUUAUCAUUUCAUCGUCAAAAGGGUCCUUUUGACUACCUUUUGUUCGACCUGUACAUAUGAACUCUCUCAGUAAAAAAAUGCUCUA